AUGGGCUCUGCCACUGAGACCAGGCCCGGGUUGCCGGCGAAGCCCACCCGUAGAGGCGGCGGCGGGGACGCCGCCGCAGCCGCCGCCGUUCUCGGGCCCGUACCGCCGGCGGAGGGCGCUAGGAAUGGCCAGGGCUUCAGGAGUUUUAACGCCGGCGGCGACUCCGACGGCAACAACCCUGGUUCAUCGGCGUCGUCGUCGACAAUGCGCCCCAUCUCCUUGGACGGAUCCGAGGAGGAUGCUGCUCUCCAGGGAGCGGAGUACCUGUCGAGGAACGAGGUGGCGCGGCGCCGGUUGCGGCGGGGGAGGCAGCUGAUGAAGCUCUACAAGAGGCUGUACUGGGGCUUGAUUGAGGAGGUUAGGGUUCGUUAUCGGAAUUACUACUGGCAGUAUGGGAGGAGCCCUGUGGAAGAGGAGGAGAGCGGAUCGGAAGGGGAGGGGGAGGAUAAUGGUGGAUUCGCGUCAGGAACGAUGGAUGGCGAAGGAAUGGGUGAGAGCGGGAGGGCGGGCGAAGUCGGGGGCAGCAGAAAGAGGGACAAAGAUCGGUGUGCUUUUCCUGGGUGUAAAACGAAGCCGAUGGCAUUGACGAUGUACUGCCACCCCCACAUCCUCUCUGACCCAAGACAGAAACUGUAUAAACCCUGCUCUUUCCCCAUCAAAAGGUAUGCCUCGCUCACCCUUUGUAAAUGUGAGACAUAUACCUACAGAUAUAGAUACAUCGCAAUGUGGAUUCUGAUAUGCUUACUUAUUUGUUUGUUUUACUGCGUUUUCUUGUGGCUUUUGGGCUCUAGCUCGAGGAACAUUGCUUCUUCUGUAGAUGUCUUUUGGGUCCAUCCUCAGGCUUUUUAGUUUUUCCGGCGUUGAACAGGCACCUGUCUUCGUAUAUGAAUUUCGGCUGGUUUUUUCUAUUUUUGGUGCAUUAUACAAGAACCCGAGGGUAUGCUUUUAUAUGUUCCUCAACCAAGUUGUUUCCAUCCAAGUUGCAGCCUCUUCUUCCCUUCUCUCUCUCUCUCUCUCUCUCGGAUUCUCUUACACCACCUCCUUUCACUGUGUCUCCGCUUGUAUCGUCUCUUCUAACGUCUUGAGACCCUGAAAGUCAUCUAUCGAUACCUUUUUAUUAAUCCCUUUGGCCCAUUAGGAUCGUCUAUGAAAUGGAUGGACUAUGCUUGCUUUAAUCCCAUCAAUUUUUAUUUAUUGAAUGUUUAAAUCCAAUUUAAUUUAAUCCAAUUUAUUCUUUAUUUUUUCCAGUUUUGACCCGUGUCAACUUAUUUUAUUCAUCUCAUCCGUCUCAGUAGAUCAAGAUUAUUUGUUAUUGCUACUCAGAAGAGAUCAUACCUCUUAGCGUCAGGACUAACGAUCGCUAUAAUAUCUUCUUAAUUUCAGCUCUCACUCUGGCCCAGUAAUCUGUGGGAAGCCGAUUCUCUGUGCUCCUCAACUCUCGUAUUGCCCCACCCACGUUCAGAAAGCUCAGAAGAAUGUGUCACAGGCACUGAAAAGAGCAGGGCUGUUCCAUAAUUCUAGCAGGCCUCCUCCAAGGAUCAACGUUAUAAUAGCCGAAUGUGUCCGCCAGAUCCAGGCCAAACGAAGAGAAGCACAAAGGGCUCUAGAUGAAGAAGAAGCUGCCGAUGUUGAGGAAUUGUCUGGUGAUGACUGA